CUCAGGUUUAGUACUGGUUGAUGAUGGCUACGGUAAAGACGUGUGUCAAUUUCGCUGCGAGGAUUUCAAAUAAUUUUGCUUGGAAAAACAGAGAAGGAUCUCGAGCCUUAAGUCAUGGAGUGCGAUACAUGUCAUCAAGGACGACCUUCAAGGCAUCAGAUCUACAAAUCGAAUUUUGUACGCCUGAUCAGCUGAAGAAAAAGCCAGCUGUAUCAGAUCUAGUGUUUGGACGUCACUUCACCGACCACAUGCUGGAGAUCUACUGGGAUGAUAAGGCAGGAUGGGGACAGCCAAGAAUAACACCAUUCCAUGACCUAAGGCUGCAUCCAGCUGCUAAGGUCCUCCAUUAUGCUGUAGAGUUGUUUGAGGGGAUGAAGGCAUUUCGAGGUUGUGAUGAUGAAAUCAGACUCUUCCGUCCUGACAAAAACAUGGAACGCAUGAAUCGCACGGCUGCGAGAUCUGCUCUCCCAAAUUUUGAUGGAAAUGAAUUGAUUGAAGUACUAAAAAAACUCAUCAGCAUUGAUCAAGAAUGGGUGCCCCAUGCAGAAUCCUCAAGCUUAUAUAUUAGACCUACUAUGAUAGGUACUGAGCCAACCCUAGGUGUGCAGCGCCCCACCAAUGCCCUGCUCUUUGUUAUCCUGUCACCUGUUGGACCAUAUUUCUCCAGUGGAUUCAAGCCAGUGUCUCUGUUGGCUGACCCUGAGUUUGUACGUGCUUGGCCUGGUGGCUGUGGAAUGAUGAAGAUGGGAUCUAAUUAUGGACCCACUUUAGCUAUCCAGAAAAUUGCAGAGGAACGAGGUCUUCAGCAAGUAUUGUGGCUCUUUGGGCCCGACCAUAAAAUCACAGAAGUGGGAGCAAUGAACAUAAUGGUCUUCCUUGAUAAGGGAAAUGGAGAAAAGGAGCUAGUGACACCACCUUUACAUGGGUUAAUCCUUCCUGGAGUUACCAGAGACACACUCUUAGCAUUAGGAAGACAAUGGGGAGAAUUCACUGUAAAUGAGCGCGACAUUACAAUGGCUGAGGUCGUCCAGGCAGAAAGUGAAGGAAAGCUACUAGAAAUAUUUGGUGCUGGAACUGCAGCUGUUGUAACACCAGUGGGGGAGAUCCACUAUCAGGGAAAAGUUAUAAAGAUGCCCACUUUGAAGCCUGAAGAGUCUCUGGCACAGCGUUUCUUUAAUACUAUCAAAGAGAUUCAGUACGGCCAUGUCUCUCAUGAAUGGAGUGUUCCUAUUGAGUGAUGAAUUCCUAUUAAAAUGUUUUAAUCUAUACAAUGCAAAAUUAGAACUUUGCUAAUGAAAAAAAAAUCAUAGUAAGUACAACAGUUUACUUCUGUAUUGUGUAUCACAAUCAAAAUGUUAAGAAAUGAACAUGUGAUAGGCCUUAUAGUCAGUUAUGACAGCUGUAGAAUCACCUUACUUAAUUAUUUAAGUUCAAGCAAUGACAAAACAAGCAAAGGUUAGAAUAGUUGACAUAGACAAUCCACUUUGCAUAUGGUUUGGUAAGUAGUUUACAUAUGCUAUGCAAAAGUAGGAUGAGACUCAUUUCAACUUUGUCAGAAUAAAUUUCUUAGUCUAGAGCCUCUGAAAGUACACUAUAUAUAUGUAGGCACAAGCUGUAUAGCAAAUGUAUAUGUGCAGAUAACUGAGGUGUUUCCUAGGCUUAAUUUACAUAAUUUGAAAUAUGGAAGGCAGCUUCACUUGAAUAAAAAUAGGAACUGCAUUUUAUUAGGUGCAAAUUGUUGAAAAGAAAUCCAGUGCAAUAUUCAGCAUGGUAAUUUUAUUUAGUUUCAGAACAUAUGCUAAAAAAAAAAUCUCUUUUUUUUUUGCCACAGAUAUCUGUAUGUGUCUGUGUGUGCAUGUGUGUGACUGCAUAUAUUGUGUUUUGUAUGUAUGCAUGCACAUUCAGAAUGCAUAUAUCAUUCUGUAGAGAAAGAAGCUCAAAUAUGCUGUGGCCAAAUAUCUUCCAGAAUAUUUGUUGUUGGACUGUUAUUGCAACUGAUAUUAAGGUUUUCUCAAGUUUUAAAAGUAGAACAUGGGAAAAAACCUUCCAUUUAGAACAACGUUAAGUAUUGAUCAUACUAAGGAACAAAGAAAAAUUAAAUGACUUGUGGUUCUAAAUAUUCAAGGACAUGGAUCUGUCAAGAAUAAUAUGUCAUCUUUACUUCAAUGAUCAUUCAGAGAAUCUCGUACCUUUUGCUGGUAUCAGUUAAUUGUACACCAAAGUUGUAUUUUCUCUAAUUUAAAUUAAUAGAGGUAAGAUUAGUAAUUGGAACAAGGGGCAUCAGGGAAGGUGGUUGUGAUAUAGGUAGUUGUAGGUGUGAUUAAGGAGACUAUUUUCAGGAAAGGGUACAGUCGAGUGGGCAUAUAGAAGGGUUUUCUUCAGAAUUUGGGGGAUGAAUUUUGGCAUUACUUCAGAAGUAUGGUGAUAAUGAAAAUAUAAUUUACAAUAUUAUUUUUUUUACUAUAAAAUAAUCAGUAUUUUUCCUACAUAGAUGAGAAAUGAAAUAUAAUUUUUUUUUCUUCAUGCACACUGUAUAUUUAGUUAAUUAGUUUUUCUCCAUGAUCUUGGAGCGCAAUUUCUGUUCAUUUUUGAUUGUGGCAAAUUCAAUCAGUGAAUUAAUUAAAAUCAAAAGAUAUAAUAUGUUAUGUUUUAAUUUUGGUUGAUAUCAAGAGAUACUCCCUACUGAUAGAUAUUCUGUAUUAAGAGUGCAAUUUGAAUGCAUUCUUAUGCUUUUUAUGACAAAAGUAAGAAUAUAAGAUGAAUAUGACACUAUUAAAAAGUUAUGUCAUUUUAAUUGUGAUAUUUAGCUUGCAGUUUUGAAAUUAGUAAAGCCUACUCUCCAGUUCAAGAUGUUAUCAGUGUGUAGUAGACUGUGGAAUGGGGAUGGAGCCUAAUAUAACAUUGUGUGGCAUGUGGAUUUUUAAUUAUGAAUGAACCCAUUGCUACCGGCAAUGACACUAUCUACUGUAAUUUUCUUUUGUGAAUUUUUGUUUGCACAUGGAUGGCUUCAGGUGCUUAGCUGUCAAGUAGGCAACUAGUAAGCCUGUGCGACCUCAUUUCUCUUUUCCUUGAGUGUUCAGGAAAAAAAAAUUCUAAUGCAAUUGAUAUAGAUGCUGUUAUUAUUACUGUUAUUGGCAUUAUGAUCAUUAUAGUGUUAGUGAAAAUACUAACAGCAAUAUAAGAAGAAAAAAAUAUUUCCAAAAGUCAAGAAAAAAAGAAUAAACAGACGAGAGGUAGGACUUGUAAUUGACUCUGUAGUGAUUAAGUGCUCAUGGAGCCAUCUGUGUGUAAAGACAAUUACUAAACAAAAACCACAGUGUCCAUGGAUAUGUCAUGUAUUUGUGCCAUCCCAACAUCACUGGGUUAAGAAGGAUUAUUUUCACGAUGAAGUCAGCGGUAAACUUUUUGCAAAGAGUUUCAUUUUUCACAUCAUAAAUAAAGAAGAUACUCAUAACCUGCACUGUUAUUUUCAUUCACUAAAAAGUUGUGUUGGAUAUUUAAAAUUUGAUUUGUUUUUGGGUUGUCCUCAUUAAACUUAUGCUGUAAUAUUUAUUUUGCAGUAGAUUACUAAAGGACCAAGUUAAAAAUCUUAUAUACUGUGUUGCACAUUAUAUACUUGAGAGAAUGAAGGGGUAUUACUGCAUGUGUGAAUAUAUGCCAUAAUGAAGAAACGACUAGUGAGUCUAAAUUUAUUAGUUUUUUCCUUUGAUAAUGAAUCCACAAUUAAUGUAUGCUGUAUACAGUCCUUCAUAUUUUUUUAGAUUAUAAAAAUUUGGUGACAUAAAAAAAAUUGGCAUAUAUUUUCAUUUAAUGGAAAAGUGUUGUUUAUUCUCAUCAGAUUUGUUGUAGAUAGGAGUACUUAACAUAGUUGUGUAUUUAGUGAUCUCACCCAUAACAGAAGUUGAUGUACAUGUAUAUAAAUGGAAAUAUUUUUAGAAAUAGUUUUGUAGUGAUAUCUUUUAGGUUUCCUGUAUAUUUCUAUGUUUCUCAUGUGCUACUUUCCAGUCAGAGAGAAUAAUUUAAAAUGUAGCUGUUUACAGUUUCAGUGAAAUGAGGAUGUAUGUUUUCACAUAUUUGGCUUGAUAAUAGAAUAUCAUGUAUCCUGUAUUCUCAAUUUUGUCUCAUUAUCUGCCACUAAUAUUGAAAUUAUGGCUUCUGCUAAAUCUGGGUAUUUAGCUGAACAAUUCAAUUUUCCAUCAGAAUAUGACUGGUUAAUUACAGAAUAAAAUAAAAGUCUGCACUACAAAUAAACAAUUAUUUAGGAAGUGAGACAGAUAUGAUGAUAAAAUCAUACUGUUCACAUUGUCAAUCUAACAUAUGAUAAACCAGAAUAUCUGUAAUUUAGGGUACCAGUCAGUGUCCUAGUUAUAAUUAUUUCCAUCUUUAAAAAAUUAUGCUUUCAUAAGAGAAAAUGGAAAAUCGAAUAUGAUUUACCACUGUGACAAUGGCAUCCUUCAUAUGUUAGUUGACAAGUGAACAAGCAUUACAAAUUUGAAUUAUUAUUGUUUAAAAAGUUGCUUGCAGUCAUGUAAAUACAAUAAACUAUAAAAUAAA